UUCAUCUCGUCCGAAUCUCCAUCCGAGGAAGGAAUCGAUAAAAGCUCAUGCUUCUGUGAAGUUCGGGACCACAUUCAUGUAAUCACUGCCCAUUUCCUAUUCUUUGGUGAAUUUUGUCUUUAAAAUUGCCGAGUUGCAUGAUUAUAAAUCAUUUUCUACAGUUGUGCAUUCAUCAUCUACUUGAAAAAGAGACAGAUAUUUGAAAUUUGUUUUGUUUCGCUUGGAAACGUGCGUGAUGCGAUUCCUCUAUAUUUAUGCUUUCGACUUGGUUUUUCUGUUACCUUUAAUGCUUGGUGUUGAAUGCACGCUUGAGAAACUGAAAUGCUAUCAGUGUGAAGUGAGAAAGUCUGACCAAUGUACAGAUGAAUACUUGUUACCAUGUCCAGAGGAUCAAGCAUAUGAUAGCUGCAUGACGAGGAUUCUUAAAUUAAAGGGGGAGGAAGCUUGGAUCCGCAAAACAUGCGCACUUGCACCUUGUUCUUUAAGAGAUGCAUCACAAGCGUCAGGUCUGGGUCUCGAUCAUUGUGAUCGGAGUCGAGAUGAGUACGACUGCGUAACUUGUUGUAAAGAAAAUGGAUGCAAUACAGGAAGUGGUGCCAUCUGCCGGCCUGCUUUUGCAAUCAUAUCUGCAUUACUUAUCCUCACAAUCUUUCUUGGAGUUCAACGUUAUACAUAGAAAUAUUUCUUUGAUUCAUUGUUCUCUUUAAAAUGAUUUUUUUAAUCAAAACAGUGCCACUCCUCUGCAUAAAAAUGUUCUUUUUGAGAUUAAUAUUUAUUGGGAAUGUGAUUUUCCUAUUUGGCACUAGAUAAUUAUUUCUCUUCCUAAAAAAUCAUUUCAAUUUCAGACAAAAUAAAUAGAUUUUUAUAUGAAGACGUAAUUGAAGAAAUACAUGAAAUGAAUGCAAAAAUGUAUGAAAGGGAUUGGAUUUUGACUGUAAGAGUAAAAUGGUUCGUUUGAGAAAAAAAAUUAAUACUUAAUGAAUGGAAAAAUUGUUUUUAAAGACAAUUGAUGCAGUAAAGAUUAUAGGAAAUUCUUGCCUCAAUCAACUACAAACAAAUUUAAAUCACUAAUUACUGCAGUAUUAAAUUCAUGAUGCUCCAUAUUUUAAUGUUAAAGCACAAAAAAAAAAGAGUAGGUUCACAAGUUUAUUAUAUGAAUAUUAAUAUAUGCAAAAAGAGCAACAUUGCAUUUAAAAUAAAAUUAGUAAUGUACUGAAAACUGAGGUAGAAAAUUAUAUUUGCAAUUCAGGAGUAAAAUCAAAACUUUAUUUGCUUCGUAUUGAAAUUUCAAAACAAAAAAUAUUCUAGAUUAUAGAAAUAUUCAGUUUUUAAAAAGCAUUCAAGAAGAAAUAUUUGUAGAAGAGCAUAUAAAUAUUUUAUAUUACUAUAUCAAUAAUAGUUUUGCUGUAUAAAUUAUCUAUUAUAACCAAAAUUAGUCAUUAUAUCUUGUUAUAUUGAUAAUCAUAUAAUAAUUGAUGCAAUAAUAUUGAGCUAUAUAUUAUCUGAACAAGGUGGUCGGAACGCUGGAAAAUAUUUUAGUUUUGCAUUUGUUGCUUGCACAAAUCAAGAAAUUAAUAUAUAUAUAGUAUCUAAAAUGUAUAAAAUCGGGAUAUUUUCCAUAUGUUAAUAGUAAUUUUAAAACUAAUGGUUUACAUUUGCAUUUUGAAUCAUGUAAAUUGUGUAAAUAUGAUAGGAUAUGAUUUCUAUAUUCAAAAUCUACAAAAAAAAGAAAAAAAAACUGUUUUGUAUUCUUUUUCAAAGAAUUAUUUAACGUUAUUAAAGACUGAAAUCAUUUAUUGCAGAAGAUUACUAUCAAGUAUUAAGGAGUGAGAAGGUCUUAGAAAAACUUUUAAAGUUUCUUAAAUUAAAUUAAGGAUAAUCACUUGAUUUUCCUCUUUCUCAUAAUAUUGUAACAUUAAAAAAAAUCAAGAGCAAUUUUUGUAAAUAAAUUACUACAUUUAGAACAAAGUUUGUUUCAAAUUGUAUGUAAGUGACGAUAAUAUAUUGGAAUGCUUUUAGCUUCUUUUGGGAUUUAUAAUAUUCAGACAUU